GUGUUAGGUCACAUUUUCAAAAACAAAUUAAAAAAAUGAAUGAGUAAAAUUUACUGAACUCUUUCAUUGAUUGAAGGGGUUGAAAGCCAUGUGAUGAAAUGUACAACACAUGUCAAUAUCCUGACUGCCAAUCAAGUGGCCAUGUGGCCCUACUUAGACCUUGUGCAUCCCUCAUUAGCCUGGACCAGCUCCAGCCCUGCAUCAUGUAGAUAGCCAGUGUUACACAAUGUUACAGGGUUUAAUCCCCAGUUGUGAGGAGAGGCUAUGAGUCAACUGACACCAACCAACACUAGGCUUAUCCCUCCUCCCAGUCCUAGCAUCCCAUACUGCAGGCCUUCACUUUCAUACUGACAAACACACUGCAGUGUUCAUUUCACUGUGUAGGUAAUCAAGUCGUGAGUCUAUAUUCUUUCCACUGGAGUGCCUGGGAGUUUACGAUUGUUGCCAGAAUCUGUGGCUCCCAUUGUGGGAGUAUUUGUGAAUCUCGGCUGUCUGUGGAUUACUGCGGUGGUAUGUGAUUCACAAAGGAUGAUAGACGGAGAGAGACGUGAAACAAGAGCCUGUUGAAAGCUGGUGUCUCGCACUACGGAUGUACAUGCCCAGUAUAGAGAAACCCUGACAGAUGACUGGUGAUUAAGUUGUCCAGAUGACGAUGGAGUCUAGUGGGACCCCUCUCAAUAGUGUCCUCCCUCCAUGAAGUAAUGUCUUCAGCAGCUGCCAGUCAUGAAGACCAGCAUAUCCUUAGUGGUAUUCUUAUGUGUGUUAACCUGCUGGAGUAAUCACAGUGUAGCUUUUGAGUUGAAAAAUGGAGACAACGUGAAAAUUGUUGGUGUGAGAAAAACUCCACGUGGUGUUCCUCAGACAGGCACGAGGAGUAAUUCUGGGAGAGGUCUUGUGGAUGCUCUUUACUCAGAAAUUCGCAUUGAGUACCAGACCGUUGAUAAAGACUUGAAUGAAGAUGGAUUAAAAUUUAAGAGUGUCUUGCCAUCUGGUCAGAACCCAAGGGAAGGGUUGACUAAAGAUGGCCGCAGUUCAGCAAAUGGUAAACUGAAUGUGCCAGUUUUAAGAACGAAAGAAAAUACAUUGAAAUUUAUGCCACAAACCACAUGGGGACUUAGAAGAAAGGUGUUGGUAAGCAAGUCUGACAGAGAACCGUAUGGUGGGUCUAUUUUCACCAACAAAGACUUAGUUACAGCAACCAGGCCAAAAUCAAUAUCAGCACAGCAGUUUAUCAGAUCCUCGGGGCACAAUGAUGUGAAAGACUUAAUUUUUCUGUAUGUGAAGGAUUCUCUAAGAGGCGCCUAUAGAAACCGUUAUCACGAAACCAAGGCUAACAAUGGCUGGGAGCGGAUUUCUCCUUCUUCAGCCUGGAGUAAAUUCUUUGAUGGCCUAAGUAGUCAUUACAAGAGCAGGGGUGUGGAGAGGGUAAGCCAAGGCAAUAGUGGACUCAGGAGAGACAAUGAGACUUAUAACAAGUCUGCUCCUGCUCCAAAUUGGCCAAAUUUGAUUUCCUUCUCUCGUCAGAAGCGUAGCGUUGAUAGUGUACAGGAUAGUGGCUUCGAUCAUUCAAGUGUGUCAGGAGGACAGUCAAGUGUAGGUAAACUGGGCUCGAGCACCAGCCAUUCUGAUCAGAAUUCAUGGCCAGACAAAACUGGUAGUUCUGAUGGUCUGUACACAUCCCCCCCAUUUGAGAAAGGAUCAAUUAACACGGAUGAAUUUCUGACAAGAGGCACCGAUAGUGUAACAGUGUCUGCAGCCACUGCUAAGCAUAGCACUGUUUCACCAUUGGGUUUUAGUUCGGAUAAACAUACUACCACAAAGCACUCACCAGGCACCAUUCCAGUUUUGUACUCGACAAACAUUCCUAAAAGUGACCCCAAUACAGCCCCUACUUCUGCUAGCCAUACAAGUGGGUUUAGUGGUGUGAGUUCAGAAUCUCCAGAAAGCCUGACAAAAUCUCACUCUCAAAUGUCCUCAUCAUAUCUGGGGACAACUCCGUCCUUGGCUAAGUUGCAUGACCCUGCUUCGGCCUCAUUAGAAUCACAAAUUGCUGCAGAUAGUGAUGUCAGUGGAUUACAUUCUACAACAUUGAGUUCCUCCUCUGUUAUUGCAAACAGUACUUCUCCUAGUGCUUCCACUUUAGCAUUAAAUAGUGAUGGAUUGGUUGCCACCCUCCCAACAGUAACUGAAUCUGCAGAAGUCUCCUCCACGUCUGUGAUCACAGAAUCUUUAAACUGGGAUGCAAUUAAAGCUUUAGCGAGUGAAACUUCCACAAUGGCACAAACUCCAGAGCCAUCAUCUGAGACAUCUCCGGAACCCACUGCUGAGAUGUCUGCUAAACCCAUUGAUAGGAUAUCACUUGUUCCAAACACAUCUCCUAUAAUGACUACAGUUAAGAUUCCUCUUAAGCCAACAAUUCAGGCUUCUCCAGAGACAUCACCAGAAUCCUCCCCGGAGACGUCUCCAGAGACAACACCUGAGACAUCUCCAGAGACAUCUCCUGAGACAACACCUGAGACAUCUCCUGAGACAACACCUGAGACAUCUCCAGAGACAUCUCCUGAGACAACACCUGAGACAUCUCCAGAGACAUCACCUGAGACAUCACCUGAGACAACACCUGAGACAUCACCUGAGACAACACCCGAGACAUCACCAGAGACAUCUCCUGAGACAACACCAAAGACGUCGCCAGAAACCUCCCCUGAGACAUCACCAGAAACCUCCCCUGAGACAUCACCAGAAACCUCCCCUGAGACAUCACCUGAGACAACACCAAAGACGUCGCCAGAAACCUCCCCUGAGACAUCACCAGAAACCUCCCCUGAGACAUCACCUGAGACAACACCUAAGACAUUGCCAGAAACAUCUCCUGAGACAUUGCCAGAAACCUCCCCUGAGACAUCGCCAGAAACAUCACCAGAAACAUCUCCUAAGACAACACCAGAGAAAAUCCCAGAGACAUCACCAGAGACGUCACCAGAGACAACACCUGGGAUAUUGCCACAAACAUCACCAGAGACGACACCAGAGAGAUCACCACAGAAGGCUUCGGAGACCAACCCUGAAUCGACUCCCGAGCCAACAACAACACACCCACAGCCAAAAGCAGAACCAGAUACCCCAGUAACACGUCUUCCUAUGAUAUAUGAGCCACAAGCAGCUGAAACUGCAACAGAUGAAAUCACCAAGAUAGAUAUUUCCAAGACAUCAGUGACUUCCACCUCUGAACCGUCCAGCACAACAUCAGAGCCAGUGCCAGAGACACACUCACCAUCCAGCACUCCGGCAACUCAUGACAGUGAUUCUGAUUCUGAAGAGGGUAACGCAGAGCCUGAGGGUGAAGGAGCCACACCCAGCACCAAAUCAGACUCCGCCACCUCUAUUCCUAUUGCUGAACCAGGUCCUGACUGGGUGGAUGCCAAGAAGAAGUGGAACAUUGCUUGGGAGAUCCACCUGUACAUGUUGGGGGGACUGUUUGCGGCAGUAGCUUUCUACACCGUCACCAGUAUGAUCAAGCUGUACCAGAUCAACCGGCUCCUGAGCAAGAAAUACUUCAUCACCCUCAACCUCCUCAUCUUCACGUUGUGUACCGUUCGAGCUGUCUUCCUUCUGGUUGAUGGCUACAACUCCAAUAAAACAUUUCAUCCUGUGCUCAACUAUCUCCUCUACAGCUCAGCCUUCCCUUGUUUGACAUCCUCCUUCAGCAUCCUGCUUUACGCUCUGCUACAAGCAACACAGAUGAGACUUGUCCCACCCCGAGUGCAGAAGAUUCAGGUCCUGAUCGUCAUCAUCUUAUGCCAUUUUAUUCUUCAGAUCACUACUGAUGUUCUGGUAGGAACCUAUGCCGGAAUGAACAUUAUGCUAUUUGUGUGCCAACUGUUUUACAUCUGCUGGGGAUUGUUCUUAUUCUUUGGAUAUGCUUAUAUAUUCCGCUACCUGUAUUCCUCCGCAGUAAAGAGACAGAAGAAUUACCAGUACAUGCUCACUGGAAAGACGUAUCCCAGUGGAUCAGAAAGUUAUAAACAUAAGUUCACCUUGAGCUUAGCAGUCAAGGUCACAUUUAUGGGGUCCAUAUUAGGUCUUGUGACAAUAGGACUGGAAAUAUACGCCAUAAUAGGCGUAUAUGGUGUUUUCUCCGACAAGAAGCCAGAACCCUGGCCUUGGUGGCUGUACCACACAGCUUUACGACUUGUUGAGUGCUUGAUGUGUAUAAUCAUGGCCUAUGUGGCCUCACAGCCGUUUCGCUAUACAGAACUGAGAACAUGCGGUUUCUUGUGUGGUCCCUGUCUGGAAAUAUGCCAGUGCGCAGGUAAGGGUGAUCAAAGUGAUAAGCUAGGCUGGAGUGAAUAUGAUCGCUUGUACAUGACGACAAAUAAAAGAAGCAAUGGACAUACAAAUGGGAAGAAGAAGAAAAUAUAUUUGAACGAAGGCACAGACAUUGUUCCGAUUGUGAUACAGCCCAGUACCACUAAUGAGUCUCGGCCUCCAUCCAUGUUGAUUAUUGAAGAUGGAUAUGUUCGCUUCCAGGCCGAGACGGACAUCAAUAAGAUUGUGGAUACUUACACAAAGACACAUGGUGAUACGGAGAUGUCAACGUUUAAGAACUAUGAUGGAAUUGUAAAUGGUGCUUAUAUUCGCUCAAUGGAGGAUACUGUUCGUUUUCAGGAUGAUCUGGCAUCAACUGAUGGCUACAUUAGAAAAAGUCGCAAAAGCAGCUUGGCAAGCAGUGGAUUUUUCCGACCACCUUCGUCUAUCAGUCUUGCCGACAGCAUGGAGUCAGAAAUCGACAAAGCGUUUCGAAGUAUGCGACAGGACAGUUUGUCAAACAUACGUGCUUCAACACAUAGCUUACCUUCGCGAAGCACGUAUAGUAUUGACGACAACUUUCAGGGACCGGCCAUUGAAGCCUACUUGGAACAACAAGUAGGUCAACCUAAAGCUGGUCUUCGAAGGUCAAGGUCAGCACUAGGGGACUUGAAUAUUCAAAAGCCAGAAACUUGGCGCCACAAACUGUUCAGAAGCAGAAGUGAUAAUUCUGCAUGUGUCCGAACCAAAGAUUUAGACAGUAUGCGAUAUUUGUCCUUGCUUGACCUUGAAAAGCAGCAGGAUAAAAGCACAGACAGUGCAUCUGGUGAUUCAAGUUCAAAAACAGCUGACAGUUCCGAUGAUAGCUAUGUAGACCAUCAUCAAUCGACUGAUAAUCUAACUGCCAACCGCGAGGUUGUGAAAAGGUUAUUACAAAAAGAAAACUCGGAGCCAGAAGAAAUUGAUGUGUGAUGUGCAAGCUUUGCCUGAAUUCUUUCAACUGGAAAGAAUUUAAGUGACAUAUUGGUAAAAUAUUAGCAUUUUUUAUAAAAACAUAAAUGAAUUACGGAGAUUAUUGUGUAUCUGUUUUCAGAAUAUCAGUUGAUAGGAUUAUAAAGAUUCCUUCAUUUUGAAAAUGAUUAAGUUGGAACUAGGAAUUCUAGCAAAAUCAGAAUAAGGCCAUGAGUAGUUAUUUUAAAUUAUUAGUUAUAAGCCCUUGUAGACUUUGUAUGUAAUGCUGGCUUCAGCAGCUAGUAAUGCUAACUUCAGCAGGUUCUUUUUUUAAAAAUAAUUCAUCUCUGUUGACUUUGAAUCAAUGUAGCAAUAUUUUCAUAUUUUACUAUCAUUUGGACAACUCAAAUAAAGAUUUAUUGGUGGAUUUGUGAUAAUGAAACUGACCUUGAAUUGAGGAUUUCAUUUUUGACAUUUACCGGUAUAUCAAAUUCAUUUUAUUAUUUUGUAUUCAUCAAUACCUUUUAUCUAAAUUCAUCUCACCUGUUUGCCAUGAAAUCCCAUGUUACUAUUUCAAAUCUGUGAUCUGAGGAUAUGGCCAAGUGGUCUGAGGAUUGCUAUGUUGGUUUAUGGAGAGAUCAGAAAGGCAUUUUUGAAUGUCACAACUAAUUGAUCACUUGGACUAGCCUUAUCUUUGAUUGUCCUUUAGUAUUGAAAACAAGUCAUGAGAUCAUUAAGAAUAAGAAAGAAAUAGUGACCAAGGUUGUUGUAGCCAAUUUCAAAUAAAUUCAUUUGAAUUUGAGACAUUCAUUCACCAUUCGAGACAUUUCAUUUAUUCCUUGAAACAUGAAGAAAUUUAUCAAUGCAUUUGUAUAUUUUGUAAAUAUCAUUUUGUAUGUUACCAUGGUUACCAAGUUAGUAGUCACAACUAGUCAUAUCCUGGACCGAGCUCCCCACCAUCACAGUGCAAUCUAUCAUUUACUUUUAUUUCUACUUUUUGUAUAAACCUCAUAUCAUAUGUUUCUUUGCUAAUCAGCAGUUAUUUAUUCACUUUUACAGUUUUUGUAUUGUCAAUACUCAGGUGUGAAAUGAAGCUCACAUAUGCCAAAAUAUUGUUCUGCCUUUUAAGAAAUGAAAUAAAUCCAAAAUGCACCCGAAUAUUGGCGAUGUUUAUCCCUGGAUCUUCCUUUAGUGUCGUCCUUAGAUAGAACAGAAUUUACACAGACCCUGUCCAUAGUCUUGAUGUCUUACAUUAAUUAUCCCUCUGGUCACCUUGGUUUUUUUCAGGACAUGCCUGUCAUGUAAUUAUUGUUUCUGAAUUAGUCAAGACCAAUUUAAUUACUUGAUUUACAGAUUUGUGUGUGUGUGUUUCAGCCAUUUCCGUAUCUCAAAAUUUAUAUUUUGUCUCUUCCCCUCACUCUAACAGUGGCUACACCAAAAGAGAGAACAGAAUUUCCCCCAUGAAAUUAACCCCCCAAUGAUGUUUGUGUGUUAGAAACAAGACAGAUGUGGUAAUAUUGGUCACUGAUUUUUUUUAUUUUAAAAAGUGAGUUUAGCUGUAUUUUAUUUCUCUCCAUCUUUAGGUAUGUUGGGCACACAAGUCUGUAAAGCAAGUACUUUAAGUGGUCUUGCCUUAAGAUUAAAUUAUCAGUCAGUGUACUGACACACUAUGAAAACACAUAAUUAUGUUUUCAAGCAUCGGUUAUGAUGGUUUUUUUUGCUUUAGUCCUUCUCAAAACAGAUCACAUGAUAUUCAAACCCGUUAUUGUGUUUGAUUAUCUCAUGCCUAAAUACCAAAUUAUCUUAAUUGAUUUUUAUGACCAUUUUGCCAAAUAUAACAGAAAUUGGAAUUUGCGUUUUCAAAGUGUUUCAGUAUAUAUGAAUAUUUUAUUUUAUCUUUUGUGGUAAUUUUUUAGGAGAUAAAAAAGCAGUGAUUGGAUGUUUAAUGAUUUUGAUAUGGUCUGAGUAAACCAGAUUGACUUAACACUAAAAUUAUCAUUUGUUUGAUAAAAUGGGUAAAGUCUACUAUAUAUGCAAUUCCAUUCUCGAGAUUCGUUAUUAAUCAUGUUGUUUUUCAUAGAGGGCUCGAACAUUUUGUUCCUAUGCCCCUGUCCUCGUGAACAAGGAGCGUUCAUUGUCUGUCAUAUUUCUGUCUGUACACAGUCUUUCUUUGUUUAAAUGUUAUGGACACAUGUGAUACAUGUCAUGUCAGUUUCAUAUUUCAAUUAUCAUAAAGUUAUCACAGAUUCCCCGAACUGCAGACGAUACUGUUGAUGUGAAUAACAUGUUUAUUUUUGUAUUGACAAGUUGACCGCGAUGUUGUUCUUCCUUGUCAAAAACAACACAGACGUAGUUGAUUCAGGGAACAAUCCUCUAUCAAAGUUAUGUACAUGUCAUGUACAUUGCCGUCAAUCAAAUGAUACUUGUUUAUGUUUUCAGAAUGAAAUAAUUGUUUGUACAAUUCAUACAAUAUUAUGUUGCGACCUUCAUUGCUGAUUCAUAACUGUUUGCUCUGUGAGGUCAGAAGGUUAUCAAUUUUUGUGUUUUAUUUUAAAAUGUCACAUGUUUUGACAUUGAUUAGGAAAACAAUGAUACUCUAUUUGACAUAUUCAACAUGCUGUACACUGAAAUAGAUUGUGACAGCAGGCCAUGUGCCAUUUUUGUUUGUUGUUCAAUGCCACAUUCAGCAAUAUUCCAGCUAUGUGUCCACGGACUGUAAAUAAUAGUGUCUGAACCAGAAAAUCCAGUGAUUGACAUCAUGAGCAUCAAUCUACACAAUUGGGAUAUAAUAACACGCAUCAACCAUGUCAGCGAGUCUCGACCACUCAAGCCCAUUAGUCGCCUCUUACGACAAGCAUAGUCACCUCUUACGACAAGCAUAGUCACCUCUUAUGACAAGCAUGUAUUGCUGUGUGCCAUGUGAUUGACUGAGUGUUUAUGCCACUGUGAGCAGUAUUAGAGCUAUGCAACAAAGCUGUAAGUACUCACUCUGGACCCGGGGAUCAAAUAGGAUGAUAGAUCACACAGCAAUGAAAACAUCAGGGUGAUGUUAGUGGCACAACUAGCCAAGUCACACAGUGUGACUGACCACCUGAUUAUGUUAAGUCAGCACUUUUGACAAGACUGGGGUACUGGGGACCUUCCUACUUUUGAGGGGCCAUCGGGUAGCCCAGUGGUUAAAGCAUUAGCUUGUCAUGCCGAAGACCCGGGUUCGAUUCCCGUCAUGGGUACAAUGUGUGAAGCCCAUUUCUGGUGUCCCCCGCCGUGAUAUUGCUGGAAUAUUGCUAAAAGCGGCUUAAAACCAUACUCACUCACACUCACUCACUCACUCACUCCUACUUUUGAAUCCCAGUAGUUUCCAGAAUGAAAGUAAUGGUGGGCUGAGCAUGUCAUUUUGCCUCCCCUCACUGUGAGAUUAGUGUCAAGUCCAUUCCACGAAGAUCCGGGUUAGAUAAGGUCUUCAGCAACCAUGCGUGCCAUAACAGGCGACAAUGCUUGUUGUAAGAGGCGACUAACAGGAUCGGGUGGUUGAUGCAUGUCAUCGUAUCCCAAUUGCGUGGAUCGAUGCUCAUGCUGUCAAUCACCGGAUUGUCUGGUACAGACUCGAUUAUUUGCAGACCGCUGUCAUUUAGCUGGAAUAUUGCUGAGUGCUGAGUUAAACAACAAACAAACAAACAAACAAACAAACCAUUCUAGGUGUCCCCUUUACUAAUUCUGUUAAAUUAGAUGUAAAACCACUUACACUCAACGACACUGUUUGGGUGAUUUCAAUUUUUGUAGUGUGUGGUAUAUUAUCUUCAGGAUCUGUUUUGACAGAUUAGAUAUUCAUAUUCAUGGAGGGUUUGCUUGUGUCAAGUAUGCUAGGUGGUGAGGGCUGUUAUUAUGUCAAAUACGGUAAAUCAGACACUUGUCGAAAACAGUAAACUACCGAUCUACACUGUUGAAUUCAGUAGAUGAGACACUUGUCGAAAAUAUUUAACUACUGGUCGACACUGAUGAAUUCAGUAGAUGAGACACUUGUCGAAAAUAUUUAACUACUGGUCGACACUGUUGAAUUCAGUAGAUGAGACACUUGUCGAAAACAUUUAACUACUCGUUGACACUGUUGAAUUCAGUAACUGAGACACUUGUCAGAAACAUUAAACUACUGGUCCACACUGUUGAAUUCAGUAGAUCAUAUGUGAAGGAAUAUGAUAAAUAAAACACUGUUAGAGAAACUGGUCAUUUCAGAAUUAAUCAAAUUCUGUAUCCAAUUCCAAGUACAUGAAAAGUGAUAGAAAUAGAAUAGGUCAUAUUCCUCACUUACCUUAGAAAAGAUACAUCAUUUAUUUCCAUGAAAGAGCUGUGUUGUUAACAGGAGGUUUGACAUGUACAUUUCUUGAUUUCUAUCAUUUGAGCAGUGUUAUGUUAUGUUGUUUCUCUGUUGAUUGCUCUGCGACUGGUACCUGAGUAUCAUUGUACCUACCUGUGCUGACAAACUAUUAAUCAAAUAAAUCAAAAUUCAAAUUUAA